AUGGGAGCUACAACCACCAGCAGGGUCGCAGGGGUGGAGCCAUCCAAGCCCUUUGGAGUUCACUACUUAACACAGAUUGCCAGGAUGCUGGAAGUGGAACUGAGUCGAAACUCAAGAGUUCCUGAAGACGAGGAGAAGGCAGUGGAGGUGAUGAACAACAUGGAAGCUGCUCAUUUGCCAUCCCCGAUUUGCUGCUGCUGGCUCUGCCUCCACGGCUUGGCAGCUACCAGCAUUAUCUGUGGCUGCACUUGCCUGGGAGUUAUGGCUCUUGUGUUUGCCAUCAAGACAGAAGAGCGCGGUAAGACAGGCUGAUUCAAGGAGGCAGUGGGCUGGAAGGCCCAGUCUUGGAAGCUCAUCCUGGCUAGCUUUGCUGUCUGGCUUGCUGUCAUCUUAGGCCCUGUGCUGCUGUGGCUGCUUUCUUACGCCAUCACUCAGGCUGAGUGA